AUUCGCGCAGGCGUCCAGCUUGCCAGCAGAGCGCCUGCGUCUCCAGGAGGAAGAGGAGUGGAGCACAAAUCAUCGCCAGUGGUGGCAAACCCUUGUAUGGCCAACAGAGGUGCAGAGAGCAGCCAUUGGGGGGGCGGGGGGGAGCUGGAGGAGGUGACGGCCGCCCCCCAUCUUGACCGCUGGGCGAGGCUUGGCAUAACCUGGCCCAGUUGACUCCCACGGGCACACUUGUGGACCACGCUAGACCCUGCCUCCCCCUCUCUCACACACUCCUACAUUACCUCCAGUGAUUGUUACUCUGACGGAGGAGAUGUGGAGGCUACACAGGAGAGUGUGGAGGCGACGGCCAAGGAGUGGUUGUCGUUGUCCUCAGGCUACCACAGUGGUGGGGGCUCCUCUGAAGUCAGUUUAGGGGAGCGAGCUACUUUAGACGCCUCUCUGACCAGCGAUGAUACAAGUGGGGAUGACAGCGACUGGGGCGAGGAUGAGUGGCCGCUGGAGCGUGCUCUACCCUUGCCUAAGUGGGGGUGUGAGCGACCCGAGCUAAACCUGGUGAGCCUUGACCAGUAUGAAAAGUUUCAUGGCCAGAUGACCCAACACCUACAACACAUCGUCGGCUCACACUGUUACGACACUGUAUCAAACUUCAUUGUGUUCAGUGAAGAGUACGUUUCAUCAAGAAGGGGGUGUGCUGCCCUGGAGGACUUCUAUCGUGACUAUGACCCACCUCUAUUGCCUGGGCGCCACACUUGUGUUGGCCUAUCCUGCCUUCUCGACACGAGACUCUCUGUCCUCGAGCCUCACUAUCCUGGCCUCAAGGACGCCAUCUACAAGGUAUCAUGUGAGGAAGAGAUUGAUAACGUGGAGUGGUACUGUAAGGGGGACACUCCUCCUGUCACCUGCGAGAAAGAACAUGUGUUGUUAUGUAUCAGGAUUCGUGUAUGUAGUCGUGCAGGAGUGAUGCUGCUUGACCCCGGCUACCACAUAGGCGAGCCCAUCACCGUAAUGGAAGAUGGUCUGGCACCCCAGUCCGGCGCCAUCAAGGGUAGUACAGCACGAGCUCAAGUAGAACGAACGUAUCAUUACCGUUUCUGGUCCAGCAACCCAUCCUUCGUGGCUUGGCAGGUAACAGAACAGAGGGAGAGUCAACCAGCUCACCAGCACAUCAGCCUUAUCCAUGUGGCUCGACCUUUCCUCUCCGGUAUAGACGUGGCUGAGCGUCGUAAUCUGGCCUACCCCUUCAAGUCGCUGGUGGCGCGGGAACCAUCUGGACAACUCACGUGUGGUCUCUAUUUUCCAAUCCGUGACUGUCAUAGAACUUCUGUCACAUUUUUCCACCAAGUGGGUGGUCGCCCUAAUCAUGUUAAAGCUCCUCUUAACUACUUCCUGGCGGAGACGCCACGAGAGGACUACAUAGAAGCAGCCAUAACAGCAGUAGCAGCAGGGACGAAUAGGAGCACAGAGGACCUGCGCUUCACCCUGGCAACAGCUGCUCGCCUCCUCUCUGACCAAGACCUUGUGCUGCAGCUCACACGACUAAACGAUGCCAUUGACAAAAUUAGUAAAGACAACUGACAGUUACACGACAGGACAGAAGACCCCAGACAUUUAUAUUUAGUUUUGAAGAAUUAGUAAGAAAUCAUAUGUGGAGAGAACGCCAUAUAUAGUCUUUAGUUUAAUGUCAACAAUCAAAGUGAAUCUCAUGAAAGUAGGUUUUAAAAUUUUAUUAAGUGUUAAUAGAUUGUUUUUAUAUAUUUUUUUAUUACUAAGUAAAGCAUGUGUGUUUACUUUCUCGCACACCAUGAUCAAAUAUACCGUAUUAUUACUUCAGUGUUUAUAUAUUAUUACGUGACAUAUCUUACUGAUUUUCUGUAACUUGUUUAACCGAGAUGAUUCAUUAACUGCCUUGUGGGUUAUUUCAAGUUUAUAUAUUAUUCUUAAGAUAUAGUUAAUUUCUUUUAUCAUUUAAUAAUACGGAAUGAUGUUUUAGUCAUAACUAUUUACCCAAUUUUAAUUUCAUCUAUAUGGCUAAUUAAUAGCUCAAAAUAAACAGUUUUCGAUUGUAAUGGAAUAAGUCUAAACUCCAUUUAUUCAUUUUAUUUCAUCCAUGACUAAAAUUAAUAACUCGUACUAUUUCUGUUUUUUAUUGUAAUAAAGUAACUAUUUUCACAUGCUAGUUGGUUUCGAAGUCUUUUACACAGUACACAGGAAAGAUGUACUCGACCUGUGUGACAGCUCAUCAGUAAACAUAAGAGAAAU